AAAUUUUUAAAAAGAUCCAUUCAAAUUUAAAUAUUCCAUCCAAAUCCAUGCAAUGUGCCCAAGUAUUAAAGACUUAAAGAGGACCACGCUCUGAUAAAAAGGCUAUUUUUGCAACCCCAAUUGUCAACAGUAAUCUUCACUUGCAAACAAGAAAACUUGUGUUGUUUCUGCUCUUUUUGUACAUUUACUAAUUAUAGUACCUUCUAUUUCGUACUUAAUUCCUUCAUUUCCAUAAUUUAUAUUUACUUACAAAAUGUGGCUGAACUCUAGUUGUACUGACAAGGAUGAGAGAGUUCUUGUUCAAGAGGAAGAAGAAGCAUUAUCGCUACGCGAUAAUCUGCCUAAAAAUGAAGAGAACCAAACAGAUGAAAAAUUUCCUAGAGGAAGCUUAACACAAGAAGAGUUUGAUUUCUGCUCGUUUGGCGGUUCUUUGUUGAAAGAAUAUUCUGAAAUGUGCACCGCAGAUGAAGUUUUCUUCCAAGGCCAAAUGUUGCCUCUACAAUGUUUGCCAAAUGAUAGCCAUAACAAUAAAUUUUUCAAGGGCGGAACUACAUGUAAUUAUGAACCAGGUUCAAUUGAAUCCUCUUCCUCGACAAGUUAUUCUCAGCAAAUAAGAACAGAGUCCAAUGUUCCUCGGAUUCAAAACCAGUUUCAUUCUCAACGAAGACCGACAACCCAGGUUCAAUUUUCAAAGAUCACACACAGAAACAUCAGUAGGUCUAACCCAAAGCCGAAAAUAUGGAGUCAUUUUCGUGUUGGGUUGGUGAAAACGCCAGAAAUUGCAUUACAGGAUCUUAAGAUUCGAUGCAACAAGGAUUUCUUAAGUCAAAAUAGCACGAGUAGUAGCAGUAGCAGUUCGAGCAAUGACAAUAGAAGGAGGAUUAUAUUAAGCAAGAAAAAGAAGCAGAGGAAAAGGGCAUUUCUUGGAAGCUGCAAAUGUUCAGUGAAUUCAGUUGAAAUAGUUCCUUCUAAAGUUGUUACAAUAAACAGAGUCAGCACCACUAUGAAUUUGAAAGAGGAAAUGAAUGACCAUAAUAUUGAAGAUAAUUAUAAGGAAGUUACAGAGAUGAAGGAGAACAAAAAGAAACAAAUCGGGACACGUCAUCGAACGUUUGAAUGGUUAAAGCUGCUUUCACUUGAAAGUCCAGCAGAUGAAACAUAGAGAUUUUAAACAUCAGUAUCACGCAUACAUGGGGAGUUUUGGCGUAACUGAUAAAGUUGUUUCUAAUGAUCAGGAGGUCACGGGUUCGAGCCGUAAAAACAACGUCAUGCAGAAAUGCAGGGUAAGAUUGAGUACAAUAAACCCUUGCAGCCUCGGACCCUGCGCAUAGCGAGAGCUAAUUAGUAGAUCGAGCUGCUUUUUUUUAUCACGCAUGCUUUAACUUUUGGUUCAGUUUACUGUUCUUUUUCUUGAUGUAUGUAUGUAGACCUUUUUUUAUGUGUUAUGAUAUGUUUCACUUUUAUUCC